CUCACCCGAGCGACCACCUCAGCACUGCGACAGCCAACGACGAGAUGAGGUGAUGCCGCCCUAACGUGACAACCGCCCCACGACCACCGCCUCGGACUACCUACUAGUACCUACCUGUCAAUCAACAUGGCUAAGUUGGACGCGGACCUGGACCCGCUAUGGCAGGAUCUGGACUGGUAACUCUCCCCCCCCUUGCCCUUCCUUGCCUUGGCCCAGGGGCGCCUUCGUCAUUUUGCACCCCCGUUGCCUCAGCGGGUGCGGAUGUAUGUCCCGUGGGCGGCCCGAUACCGUGUUGUCGGAUCGACGCCCUCGCCGCUGUCCCGGCCGGGAAACACACACGCAGGAUGUGCUCAUGGUGUCCGCGGCUUGCUGACAAGAUGGCUUCUCAUCAGGGCGAUUGGCCAGAUGCUGAUUAUGGGAUGGGACGGCACCGAGGUCACGCCCCAGAUCCGUCAUCUCAUCGAGGACCACCAUCUCGGCUCUAUUCUCCUGACAGCGAAGAAUCUCAAAUCUGCCAACCAGACGGCCAAACUCGUGCAGGAGCUGCAGACUAUUGCCCACCAGGCCGGCCACCCACACCCCCUGUUAAUUGCCCUAGACCAGGAGAAUGGCGGUGUAAACAGCCUCUUUGAUGAGGAUUACAUUUGCCAGUUCCCUAGUUCCAUGGGCCAGGCCGCCGCUGGCAAUGCCGACCUAGCAUACAAGAUUGCCAAGGCUACGGCAACAGAAGUGUCGGCUGUCGGUGUCAAUCUAAUCCUCGGGCCCGUGUUGGAUGUCCUCACAAAUGCCCGUUACCAGCCGCUCGGCGUCCGCGCUACCGGCGAUGACCCGCAGGAGGUAUCGCAGUACGGCAUUGCCGCCAUGAAUGGCUACAAAGACGCCGGACUGGCCACCUGCGGGAAGCACUUUCCCUCUUAUGGGAAUCUGGACUUCCUCGGCUCCAGCUUGGACAUUCCCAUCAUUACCCAGACCCUGGAAGAGCUCUCUCUCAGCGCUCUUGUCCCGUUCCGCAAUGCCAUCGCUACGGGGAAUCUUGAUGCCAUGUUUGUUGGCGGCUGCGGCAUAACGAACCCUUCCAUGAACGUAAACCAUGCCUGCCUGUCUGACCAGGUCGUUGACGACCUUCUGAGAAACGAGCUGGGCUUCAACGGCGUCGCCAUCUCCGAGUGUCUUGAGAUGGAGGUUCUCCGAAACGAGAUAGGGGUCAAGACUGGCACGGUCAUGGCCGUCGAGGCCGGUUGCGAUCUGGUGCUGCUUUGCCGUGCUUUUGAUGUGCAGCUCGAAGCCAUCUCGGGGCUCAAGCUCGGAGUCGAGAAUGAGCUGCUCACCAAGGAACGCAUCUAUACUUCCCUAAAGCGUGUUCUCCGCAUGAAGAACUCGUGUACCUCGUGGUCCAAGGCCUUAAAUCCUGCCGGAAUCUCUUUGCUGUCUAAAAUCCACUCUGGCCACCUCGCGCUUUCUAUGAAGGCGUAUGAUGACUCGAUCACGGUCAUGAGGGACAACGAAAAGCUCCUUUCUCUAAACGAAUCUAUGCACCAAGAAGAGGAGCUGCUCCUGCUGACCCCCUUAGUGAAGCCACUCCCCGCGUCCUCUCUGACCAAGAGCAUCCUCGAGUCAAAAAAUAAGACGGAGAGCACACCGACAAUGCACGACAAGUGGUCUCACCGCGACCGUGGAGCCGCCAUGAGUGGCGAGGGCGUUUUCAGGGAGUUUGGAAGGUCUCUUGCACGUGCCCGACACGGCAAGCUCUUACAUACUUCUUACACUGCAAACGGAGUACGACCGGUCCACGAGAACUUGAUUCACCGGGCAUCUUGCAUCAUCAUUGUGACUGCCGACGCGAAUCGCAACUUGUAUCAGGCUGGCUUCACUAAACAUGUCGCCAUGAUGUGUUCGAUGCUGCGAGCAAGUGGCCAGAAGAAAUCGUUGCUGGUUGUCGCUGUCAGCUCACCAUACGAUUUUGCUAUGGAUAAAUCUAUCGGGACAUACAUCUGUACCUUUGACUUCACCGAGAUGGCCAUGGCCGCCCUUGUGCGGGUGCUGUUCGGCGAUUUUGCGCCGCGCGGAACACUGCCGGGUACAUUGAGGAAGAGCAAAAAGGUGCUCAAAUCGAGGCAGCACUGGCUGGUUGAGCCAUACAACCGGGAUCGUGACGGAAGAGGCCUCGACGACCUCCUCCAAACCCUUGCCAGGGCAAGCGCGCCAAACUACCAGUUCUUACAAAAGACAGGCGCCAACACGUUCGAACUCUCCAACCCAAAUAUCGGCGAAGCGCACUUUGUCGUACGGAACAGCAGCACACAGGCUCUCUACGGAUUCUGCGCGACGUACUACACGAAAGGAACGGGAAUUCUUGGCGCCAUCUUUGUGGACCCGGCGAAACGCAAUGUGUCGAUUGGAAGAUCACUUCAUCGCAGGGCCCUGCGAGGCUUAAUCCAACAGCGGGGUGUCAUGAAGAUUCAGCUUGGGAUGUGCUUCCCUGGGGUCUUCUUGGGGAUCCCCGCAGAUGACAGCGCCGGACUGAAGGCCUGGUUUGCUGGUAGCGGCUGGGACCUGCAGUUCCCGAAGCGAUUGGUGAAUAUGGGCAUACCGGAGCUGGCCAGCUGGAGUGCCCCCGAGGGCUUAUUACAGAGCAUCCAGAGAGCCAGCAUCAGCUUUGACCUUAUUCUCGGCCCGGAUAACGCCGAGAGCGUCUUGAACCACGUCGGAACCCACGCCAGCCCCGAAGUUUUCGACUUGUAUAAAUUUGCGCUGCAAGAGACGAAGACGUGCGGCGUUGUGCGGGCCAAAAGCCCCGUCGACAGUUUGCUAGGCACCGUGAUUAUCUGCAGUCCCGGAAGCCCCCUUCACAACUAUAUUCCAUCGCUGCAGUCUUUUAGAGGCGAGCUCGUUGGGGGCAUUAUUGCACCUAUUGUGCCGUCAACUGCCCAGGCUGCACUGGUACUCCAGGGGCUGGCUCUAAUGGGCGUGAGACAGAACAAGGCACACAAGUCAGCCAGAAGUGUGCUGAGCUGGGUUACAGACGAGCUGUACGAGCCGCUUUUGGCAAUGGGAUUUGAUGUGCUGCAGGCUUUUGAAGAGAUUACAAACUCGCCCGAAAGUGUGAGUCUUCUUUCAGCAUUUUUCGAACUAACAAGUGGCCGCAACUAACCCUUAGACAACAGUGGACAGACCUUGGAUAGUGAGCUGUGUGAAGAGUUUUGUUGAUUUCUGGUUUGACUAAUUUAAGAGACAUA